AGCAUGCCACAGUACAAGCUGACAUACUUCAAUCUGCGAGGACGAGCAGAAAUCAGCCGCUACCUCUUCGCCUAUUCGGGCAAGGAGUAUGAAGACCACAGGAUAGAAGCAGCAGAGUGGCCCAAAAUCAAACCAACUAUCCCAUUCCACAAAAUCCCCAUUCUGGAAGUAGAUGGAGUUAUCAUUCACCAGAGCCUGGCAAUAGCAAGAUACCUUGCCAGAGAAUCAGGUCUGGCCGGUCAUACACCUGUGGAACAGGCACUUGCUGAUGCUAUUGUGGACACCAUAGAUGAUUUCAUGACACUGUUCCCUUGGGCAGAGAAAAACCAGGAUGUGAGAAAACAAGCAUUCGAUGAUAUCCUCACCAACAAAGCGCCUGAGCUACUCAAAGAUUUGGAUACUUUCUUAGGGGAUAACACCUGGCUGGUAGGGAAGUCUGUAACGUGGGCCGAUUUCUACUGGGAUGUGUGCAGUACGACACUUCUGUCCUGUAAACCUGACCUGGCAGACAACUACCCCAGGCUUCUGGCUCUCAGAGACAGAGUGCAGGCACUUCCAGCUAUUGCGGCCUGGAUCCAGAAGAGACCGAAGACCAUAAUGUAGAUCAACCACUCAGACUAGAAAAAAACCCAAACAAUUGCAUGUUUAGUUUUCAAAAUGACAAGCAUCCUAAGUUAUUAAUUUUAGAGUAAUUUAAGUUAAUUUCAGAUG